GAUAACUAGCGUAAUUCGGGCGUGUACUUGAUUUACGCGUGAAUUGAAAGAAACAGGUCUUUCAAACGUGUUAGUGAGGUCUAAAAGUGUUUACCUUGUUACUUUUUCUAGAUCAAUAAUGCGAUUGUCGUUUUUACCACACCCGAGCAUUUAAGUGUUUAUAUGUUAGACCGUAUUCCAGGCUGGUGGCUGGCCUGAAUCUGUGCUUCUGUGAAUGUUGUGCUGUGUUGUGAGAAAGUUAGCUCAGCUAAUGGUGUGCAGUGCUUAAUUUGUGGAUAUCGGACGUACAUUGAUGGGCUGUAAUAUCACACGGAAGGCGGCAACGGAGCCGCACCGGCGGGGUCUAACUUCCUGGAGGGCUUACGUUAAAAUCCGCCACACUGGAACUGAUGGAAUUGGAGAACAUCGUUGCCAACACUGUCUACUUGAAAGCCAGAGAGGGCGGUUCCGAUAGCAACAAGGGCAAAAGCAAAAAGUGGCGGAAGAUCCUCCAGUUCCCACACAUAUCACAAUGUUUAGAUAUAAAAACAAAAAUAGAUGUAGGUUACGACUACGUAGUAGAUCAGCAGCCCAUAGGCAAGAUUCUCUUUCGCCUAUUCUGUGAGAGGACUCGGCCUGACUACCAUAAGUACAACAAUUUCCUAGAUGUGGCGGAGAGGUACGAGGUGGAAGUGGACGAGUCCAGAGUGGCGCUCGCUGCUGAAGUGUUUGGACGCUACCUAAAGACUGAAGACGGCGAAGCAGUGACAGACGUCGUCAGUACACGUGUCAUCGAUGACGCCAGCGCACUACUUGAAGGUGGUUCCAAAGACAUAUUCUCAGAAUGCAUACGAUGCGUGAAGAACUUCUUAGCGGGGACUCCUUUCGCGGAGUUCGAGAGGUCCAUGUACUUUCACCGGUAUCUACAAUGGAAAUGGUUGGAAGCACAGCCCGUCACCCAGCACACCUUCAGGAUGUACAGAGUUUUAGGAAAGGGUGGCUUCGGCGAGGUCUGCGCGUGUCAGGUACGCGCGACAGGUAAAAUGUAUGCGUGUAAGAAAUUGGAAAAGAAGCGGAUAAAAAAACGCAAGGGCGAAGCGAUGGUACUCAUAGAGAAACAGAUACUGCAGCGCAUCAACUCUAGGUUCGUGGUGAACCUCGCUUAUGCGUACGAGACUAAGGACGCGCUGUGUUUAGUGCUCACUAUCAUGAAUGGCGGCGAUCUUAAAUUUCACAUCUAUAACAUGUGCGGCGCCGACACCGGGUUGGGGUUAGAGCGGUCAAGGUUCUAUGCGGCGCAGGUCGCCUGUGGGCUCGAGCAUUUGCACAAGAUGGGUAUCGUAUACAGAGACUGCAAACCCGAGAAUAUACUGUUAGAUGACGCGGGCCACGUUCGGAUUUCGGAUUUGGGGCUGGCGGUGGAUGUGCCCAUCGACGGCAGUGUUCGAGGUCGCGUUGGCACCGUCGGUUACAUGGCCCCCGAGGUGAUAGACAACGAGAGAUAUACUUUUAGUCCGGAUUGGUUUUCGUUCGGAUGUCUAGUGUACGAGAUGAUCGAGGGUCGGGCGCCUUUCCGCGCGCGGAAGGAGAAGGUCAAGAGGGAAGAAGUCGAUCGCAGAGUGAAGCACGAGCAGGAGAAGUACUCGAGCAAGUUCAGCGAGUGUGCGCGGUCGCUGUGCGCGGGACUGCUGGCCAAGGGCCCGGCGGCGCGGCUCGGCUGCGGCGCGGGACGACGCGGGGCGGCGCGAGUCAAGCAGCACCGGUUCUUCGCCAUGCUCAACUGGGCGCGCCUCGAGGCCGGCAUGGUCGACGCGCCAUUCGUGCCUGACCCUCACGCAGUGUACGCUAAAGACGUAUUAGACAUCGAGCAGUUCUCAACGGUGAAAGGCGUGAAUUUGGACGCGGGCGACGAUACGUUCUAUGGGAAAUUUAACACGGGCUCCGUGAGCAUACCCUGGCAGACGGAGAUGAUCGAGACCGGCUGCUUCACUGAGCUCAAUGUGUUUUCUAGAGGCGAGGAUGGCCGGGAGACACGCAGUGGAGACCUUCAACUGGCGCCGGACGCCGUUCCUGCAGACGAACCGCGCGGCUGCUUCGUGUUUGCUCGUCGGGUGUUGUGCCCCCAAAAGAAGGUGCCACCGCGGCUGCGGCCCGUGCCCGUGCCCGAGCACCUGCUGCAGCCGACGUCGGCCGCCCCCGCCGCCCCCGCCGCCCCCGCACCGCAGCCCCCGCCCGCGGACGCCUCCGUCAUGCUCAACAGCUGACCGUCAGAUGCACAAUAACGUCUUUGUAUGUAUACACGCCACUGGAGUCCCGCGCGCCCUCGGGGGUCUCGGAGUCCCGCGCCACACCGAGAUCCGUCGCCCUGGGCCCAUAACCUAACACGUUUAGAGGUACCGCUCUUACUGAUUUUUACAACCUUUAGUCUGACUAGGCCCAGCUUUAGAGUUCUAGAUCGGACCCGUUAAAGAAUUUGAACGAAGCCACGAGUGGUCUGAAGGAAGUCGUCCGCAAUUAAAACAGCUUUUAGCUAGCAGUGAUUCUCUAUGUACUGGGAAAAUAUUUGUAAGGUGUAUCGCCUAAAGGCGUCCACAAUAAAAUCCUAUUUUUGUUUCAGUCUGUGAUUUAAUGUUUAAAUGUCACUAAAUUAAUAAAAAAAUGAACGUAUAGUCAUAAAAUAUACAAUUUAGUUAUCAAUUUGGUCACCUACCGAUUACUUAUAAUUCAUAAACACUAGACUAUUUUUCUGUUUUUGGUUGUCAAAUAUGAAAUGGAGUUACUUUUUGUGUAUUAUCAAUAAUUUUUAACUGACCAACGUUAAUACUGACUAGGGAGAAAAGUUUCUUCAUUUUUUACGGAACCCUAAAAUAGACUGUUAAACUGAAAAUUACUCUCAGAUGGCAGCAUCAAUUCAAUUCUACAAAUUACUUUUUAUAAAGUUUUCAAAAAGAUUUUCGUUACUUUUUAUUGUUCCUAAACAAAAGAGAGAACAUGCAUGAUUUUUCGUUUUUCUGGAAGAAUGGCAUUCUAUGGUAAAAUUAAAUGAAUUUUUAUUAUGAGGAUUUUUUACAUUAGAUUUUUAGAAAUGUUUUUGCUAUACAUAAUUUUUUUUAUGAAAUGUUGUCUACUUGAUAUAUUGAAAUAGAAUUAGAAAUAUUUCUACUUGAAAAUAGAGUCACGCACAAUCUCGACUCACCGUUCAUAUAAUCAUGUUGAUUCAAAUUCAAAUAGGUUUCAUUGUUAUGCUGUGUGUUGAUUUUCUUUAAAGGAUGUAAUAUUUCCUUACGUCAAA